GCCAGCGCAGCUGACGGAAGCAUCAGCAAGGUGGAGUACACAUUUGGCUACAGGAAGUGCGAGGAUGGAAAGGUUCGCAUCUGCCUCCAUCACUCCUCGUUGCCUUAUCCGGGCUGCGCGGCAUCCGCACCACCAGCGGCAACGGAGGUUGCAGCAUCGUCGGCACCUGCAGAGAUGAGCUUCACUUCUGCUACGCCGGUGGCGGCCGCCUUCGUGGGAUCCUCUGUUCCCGAGGUUCAUGGUGGUGGUGGUCAGGUUCGCCAUUCCAUUGGCUUCGCCUACUCCGUGCAGAAGGAUGCUCAUGUGGACCUGGAAUUUGGCAACGAUGUUGGCUACUUGCCGGAUGGUACGCCAAUGAACCUGGCGGGCAACAACAUCAACCAUCCCGAGAACAUUGGACCAGACCCACAUGCUCCAGGCUCGCCACUGCCGCGUGCUGUGUUCGCGAACGACGUGGGAUACCUGCCCGACGGCACGCCCUUGAACAAGGCCGGAAACGCCAUCAACCACCCCGAAACCAUUGGCCCAGAUCCUCAUUCUCCGGGCUCAGCUUUGCCACCAUCAGCCUACGCCGCGGAUGUGGGCUAUCUUGUGGAUGGCACACCCAUUGAGGCCGCCGGCAACAAUGCAGUCCACUAG